CUUCGCCGGUUCCAGAGUGCAGGCCGGCGGGCCUCGCUGCGGACCCCGCGAGCUAUGGCCCGGGUGCUGAUCGUGGGUGCGGGGCUGACGGGAAGCCUGUGCGCUGCACUGCUGAGGAAGGAGGCGUCCUGUCCUUUACACCUCUCUGUGUGGGACAAGGCGGGGGACUCAGGUGGGUCGUCUCCAGGCCCAAACUAGGGGAAAAGGAAGCCGGCGGGCACCGAGGCUUCCCAGGGGGCGCUGGGCCUCCCUCUGAGGGGAAGAAUGACUACAGCCAGCAGUGCCCAUAAUCCUCAGAGCACAGUCGACUUGGGUGCCCAGUACAUCACCUGCACUCCUCAUUUUGCCAAAAAACAUCAAAGUUUUUAUGAUGAACUGUUGGCUCAUGGCGUUUUGAAGCCUCUGACCUCUCCUAUUGAGGGAAUGGUGAACAAAGAAGGAGACUGUAACUUUGUGGCACCUCAAGGAGUUUCUUCAAUUAUUAACCAUUACUUGAAAGAAUCAGGUGCCGAUAUCUACUUCAGACAAUGUGUGACCCAGAUCAACCUGAGAAAUGACAAGUGGGAAGUCUCCAAGGAAACAGGCUCCCCAGAGCAGUUUGAUAUUGUUGUCCUCACAAUGCCAGCUCCUCAGAUUCUGCAGCUUCGGGGAGACAUUGAAAACUUAAUUAGUGAAUGCCAAAGGCAGCAACUGGAGUCUGUGAGCUACUCCUCUCGCUACGCACUGGGCCUCUUUUAUGAAGCUGGCACGAAGAUUGAUGUCCCUUGGGCUGGGCAGUACAUCACUAGUAAUCCCUGCAUUCGCUUCAUCUGCAUUGAUAAUAAGAAACGCAAUAUAGAGUCGUCAGAAAUUGGGCCUUCCCUUGUGAUUCACACCACUGUCCCAUUUGGAAUUACAUACUUGGAACACAGCAUUGAGGAUGUGCAGGAAUUAAUCUUGCAGCAGCUGGAAAACAUUUUGCCUGGUUUGCCUCAGCCAGUUGCUACCAAAUGCCAGAAAUGGAGACAUUCACAGGUGACGAAUGCUGCAGCCAACUUUCCUGGUCAAAUGACCCUCCACCUCAAACCUCUUCUUGUGUGUGGAGGAGAUGGAUUUACUCAGUCCAACUUUGAUGGCUGUGUCACUUCUGCCCUUUGUGUUCUGGAAGCUUUAAAGAAUCAUAUUUAAAAUUGAAAUGGAUAUGAGACUGUCUUAUGCUGGAAGCCAUCCCAGAGGCCCACGAGACCCAGAUGUCCAGGAGGCCCUAAAAGACCCAGGGCGAAGGUAUCCAACUCCCCUGGGAAAUAGGGGUCAGUACCUUUUGGAACAGUUGCCAAGGUGUAUGUAUGUCAGCCCCACAGUACCACACAGUACCCCAAUAUUGCCCAAUAAGAACUUUUAUUAAAUAAAGCCAGCCAAGGAAAUCAGUUCUGUUUUGAAAGGAGCAUAUUUAAGUGAGAAACGGCUUGAGCAGUGGGGUGAUUUAAUACUUGUUAGCUGAUAAAUACAGCCUUUGCUGGAAUAAAACUUUAUGAUGCAGUGUUGAAAAGCUUAAUUACUAAACUGUCUAUGCACGUCUUGCUCAGGCAGCAAGGGUGACAAAUUAUAGCAGUGGAAUAGUAUUUUUCACCUUUGGCGUUUCUGAAGGGGAAAAGUAUGUCUAAAAACAUCGAGAAAGCAGUAAUAAUCCCAGACCAGAUAUUACUGAGGGAAAAAAAGACAACACUUCAUUGAGUCACCAAGCCUUCUGUGCAAAAUGCCAUCAUCCCCACCCCUCCUCCUACUCACUACCUUGUUAAGUAAAAAGAAGGUCAAUUUUACAUUUAUCUGGUAUUUUAUACUCAUCCAAGUAUGUUUGUGUGUGUGUGUGUGUGUGUGUGUGUGUGUGUACGCUUUCCAUCCUCUUAACACUCUUGUGAAAUACACAGAGCAGAGAAUGCUUAUUCACAUUUGACAAAUGAAGAAACUGAGGCACAGAGAUUGGCCAACCAAGGUCACGUAAUCAAAUGAAAAACAAGAACCCAGGCCUGCCAUGACCCAUUUCUAUUUACGUGGCACCAUGCUGCUGCCAGAUGAACAUGAUAAUUAAGGCUGAACUGAAAUGACUUUUGGAGGUACAGUCAGCGCCAUGUGGUCCUCUUAUUGAUGUUUCAUUUCAGAGAGCUAACACUAAUCCUGAUGUGAUAUAUACUGAAGUCUAGUAUGGAAUAAAGUCUCCGUAAGUACUGGCUAAAUAAUUUAUAUUCCUGUUAUUUUCAUUUGCUGGUUUAUUUCCUUCUUUGGGGGGCACUUGCUGUGAGAAAUGGCUGCAUCCUAAUGACACUGAAUUUCAACCCAGCAGUAGCUGGUUAACAAACAGGCUCUGUUUGCACUCAGCCUUGCUUCCGUAUUCUGCUUUGUCUCUCCAUUCCCUUUGUUUAAUUCUCCACUCCUCUAUCAGUUUCUACCAUUUCUUUCUCCCCUCCUUUUUUUUCCUCCCCCUUCUUAUUGUGUGUCGAAUUCUCUGUUCUCAGAAAUCUGGAAUAUAAAUGCAAUCACAUUAUGAUUCAUAGUAUUUAUAAUUUUUUGUUUUAAUAUAUCUUUUUUUCUAAAUUUAAAGUAGUCAAUGCUGCUUUUUAUUCAAGUUGAUUGGGUGAUCAUUAUUUUGAUAUUUCAGAAGUAAUGCAAGAAUUCAAACCUGUAGCUUUCAGGGAUCUCAGUGCUAAUAACCCAAAAAAAUAUGCAAAUCAUGGUACCAGGCUCUGUGGUAGACAGGAUGGAACAUAAUUAGCCAUCUCUACCUAAAGAUGCUAGUUAGAGGAAGACAAGUCCCAUAGAGUGGGAGGCAGGGUAAAGGCACACAGUGUAAUCACAGACAGUAAAUAAGAUGCUCUAUCUCAUGAAGAUGGGAAUCCUAAGAGAAAGAACCAUGUUUCUUUGAGAGAGAAGGUCUCCAAACAGAAUCAGAGGUCCAUCAGGAAAACGCUGACAACAUCCCUCCCCUCCACACCAUAGCUGGGCAGACCUGGCUGACUCCAGGAAUCCAAAUUGGUAUCAGAGUGGUUAGGAUGAGUGAGUGCUUUCUGUGGAGAAGCUCAGUGCAACACAGCAUGUGGUCUCUGGGAAAAGGAAAAAGCCUCUGCAAACUUCAAACUGCAGGAUUGAGCGGCUGUAAUCCAAUCUAAGAAUGUCCUUGUGUUUCAGACAGUAUCAUCUGGCCAGGUAACUCAGGGAAGGUUGAAAUGGUACUGUGCCCUGUUUUCUUUGCAAUAGACAGUAACUAUAGUCCACUUAAGAGUUCAUAGCAGAAUCCAUCAAAUGAGCCUCCUAAGGAGAAAGAGUUUCUAAGAGCAUUUUAAUUUAGAAGGCACGUAAAAUCAUAGAAUCCUGGAAUGUCUAGGUUUAGAGAGGCUUGAAGACCAUUUAGACCAGUUAUUAUAUAUCUUGGAUUUUGAACCUACUUGAGAAGCUGUGGAAAGCUAUAAGAUCUUCUCCUAACAGCAAAACAAAAAUAGUGAUGCAUGCAUGUAAAAUUUGCAUACCAUUUUAAAGCCUGCUGACUAGCUGCCUGUUUUUGUAAAUAAAGUUUUAUUGGAACAUAGCCUUGCCCACUUGUUUGGGUAUCAUCUGUGGCUGUUUUUGCACAACAGUAGUAUGAGUGUUUACAACAAAUACCAUAUAGCCUACAAAGCCUAAAAUGGUAACUAUCUGGUCUUUAAAAAAAAAAAUUGCUUGCAGUUACCUGGUAGCCUGUCAGUUAUGGAUUUGGCAUUGUAACUGCUGUGGCUCAAGUUCAAUCCCAGCCCAUGAAUUUCCGCAUGCCAUCAGCUUGGCCAAAAAAAAAGAAGAAAAAAAUUGCCGACUCUUGUUUUAGAGGGUUACAAACCCUCCAAAAUCUAUUUUAAACAUUCAGGGGUCUGUGGACCCAAGAUCAAUGACCUCUAAAUCUCCAUCCUAUUGCUUUAUGUAAAUGUAGAUUUAUCUUAGAUCUACACACCCGAUCCCUUGUUUUUUGAUCUUUUGCCCCAUUGUAAAUCCUUUAAGGUGGGCAUUACUGCUUUGCAGUUAACAACAUCUUCUGGAGUUAAAUAGAUCUGUGUUUUAAUUCUGUGUUUUGCUCCUCAUUGUGUGGCCUUGCAGUAAAACAACCUCAAAGCCUCCUUCAUCGUUGAAAAAUGAGUUAAUAGUAGGUAGCUACUUCAAAGAUUGUUGUGAGGCUUCAGUAUACAUAAAGCCAUAAUAUAAUACUGGACACAUAGUAAGUGCUUAAUAAAUGAUAGCAACGAUGGUGAUGAUAAUGAAGGAAAGGAAGAAGAGUAGGAAGAAAAGUAUAAGCAGAUCCUUCUGGUGUCAGUGAGGCCCCUGUGAAGGCCAGUUUCUUCUGCAUUUACAUAGGACACUUAGGAGAGUUAUGUUAAGGAGAGUCUUUCAUUGAUUAAAUCAUGGUGGAAUUCAGGAGGUUGAAAACUUUAGGUUUCUUCAAAACAUCCAUAAAACAAUAGUAGAGUCUACCUAAGACUAGCAGCGGGACACUUUCUCUUUUCCUGUUGUUGAGUUGUGCUUGGGAAAAUGGGAGUUUGCUCUAAAGCGGUCCUUGGAAAGAAACCAGGAUAGGUCAUUCUGAGACUGAUGUAAAAUAGAAGCAUUCUCUGCAACAAACGGUGUCUUCUCCUUGGCAAGUGUGUCUGCUGAAUGCAAAGAAUUGCAUGCUUGGAUUGAAUCGUGCUAAAGAUUAUUUACUUAAUCUCUGAAAUGCUGUGAAAACUGGGAGUGAGUUAUUUCACAUUCUUAACAUGUUUGGCUAAGUCUGCAGAUUCAUUUCCUGUCCCUGGCCUUCAUUUUAAAAAGCUCAACCCCUGGUAAGUUCUAUGAUGUCCUAAACCCACCACUUUCUAGAUAUAUAAUCUAGAAUCCAGUUUCUUAUGCCUUUGAGCCUCAGAAGCUUCAGCUAUAAAAUGGGGAAUACUAAUUAUACCUACCUUAGGGUUGUUCUGAGUGUUAUAGAGUUUAAUAUAUAAAGUGUUUAGCAUUGUUCUCUGCAUAUAGAAAAUAAUAAAUGUGAGCGGUUAUUAUUAAUAUUAUUCUUAGUGAGAUAUGACUUAGGAAAAUCAUUCCUCUCAUAGCCAUCACCCCAUCUAAAGGUAGCUUUAAAACUAGCUACGGAGCCAGUUCACUACUUAUAAAACUCAUAAGGGACUGUGUUCACAUGCCACAAUAAGUUUGGCCUCAUUUAUUUUUAUCUUUUUAUUUUCGUUUUUGUCUCUUGUCUUUUUAGGGCCACACCCAUGGCAUGUGGAGGUUCCCAAGCUAGGGGUCAAAUCAAAGCUGUAGUUGCCAUAGCCAUAGCAACAACGGAUCCCAGCCAUGUCUGCGACCUACACCACAGUUCACGGCAAAACAUCGGAUCCUUAACCCACUGAGGGAGGCCAGGGAUCAAACCUGCAUCUCAUGGACACUAGUCAUGUUCAUUAACCACUGAGCCACAACGGAAACUCCAAGUUUGACUUCAUUUAGAGUCAUUUUUCCUUCGAAAUUCUUAUUGACUCUUGAGUAAGUGAAUGAAUAAAUGCUUUAUGGUUUAUUCAUGUGCUCCUUGGCGUACCUUGUACAGCACCCUGUUUUUCCCCAGCCAAUCUAGUCUCCCUACUCUUGUGAUACUAAUCAUAUGUAUGCUAACUUAUUCGAUAAGCUACUUGCUACCAAAAGUCCAAGAUCCACAAAAUCAAGGCCUGGCACAUAAGAGGUAUUUAGUAAACAUCUGUUGAUCCUUUCUCUCCACACCCUCUCCAGCACUUAUUGUUUGUAAACUUCUUGAUGAUGGCCCUUCUGGUUAGUGUAAGGUGGUACCUCAUAGCAGUUUUGAUUUGUAUCCCCCUAAUAAUUAACAAUGUUGAACAUUUUUUCCUGUGUUUUUUGGCUAUCUGUAUGUCUUCUUUAGAGAAAUGUCUAUUUAGGUCUGCCCAUUUUUUGGAUUGGGUUGUCUGGUUUGUUUGUUUUUUAUAUUGAGCUGCGUGAGUUGUCUGUAUAUUUUGGAGAUUAUAUGUAUGUAUUCCUAAAACUAUGGUGAUUAUUUCUGAGUUUUUUAAUUUAUAGAAUUUGUAUGUAAUCAUUUGGAACUUUUCCCCCUCUGAGUUAUAUUCUUAAUAUUUUUCCACAUCAUGGCACAUAGACCUAGUUCAUCCACUUUCACUAGUGUACACACUUCCAUUUUAUGGAUAUAUCACAGUUUAUUUGUCCAUUUCCCCAGUGAUGGGCAUUCAGUGCUUUAAAUCUUUAUUCUUGCAAACAUUGCUGUGAUAAAUGUCCUUGCACAUGUCUCUUUUUAAACUUGAGUUAUUAAAAUGUAUUAAAAUUGUGAGUUCAA